AUGUUCGCCUCUCUGAGCUCCAAGAUCUCCACCACCGCCCUCCGCGUCGUCCCCAACGUCGCCGGAGAACGAAAGCGCCGCGCCGCCGUCAUCGAGUGCGCGCACAAGAAAGGGACGGGGUCCACGAAGAAUGGCCGCGAUUCCAAUCCGCAGUACCUCGGGGUGAAGAAGUACGGCGAGGAGAAGGUCACGGUGGGCUCGAUCAUCGUCCGACAGGUUGGGAACAAGUUCCACGCGGGUGACGGUGUCGGCACCGGUAAAGAUUUCACCCUCUUCGCGCUUCGCGACGGCGAGGUGCACUUCAAGGUUGGCGCGAACAAGAAGAAGUACGUCACUGUCGUUGAUGCGGUCGACCGAUCCGGUCGCGCCGACGGUCAACCGACGCGUAAGGACAAGCGACACGCCAUGUACACGCCGCGCGCGGUGCAACGGGCGGCGGCUGAGGAAGGCAUGUCUGGGGUCGAAAAGGUCUCCGAGGCGCGCUAG